AUCGAUCAAAUGAGCUUUUAUUCUCAUUUUCACUUUACCAAAUUGUGCGAAAGGAAUUCUGUUUGCGUGAAGUGGCCACCCCUGUUGGCGCUUUACAUCACAUGGGAGUAUUUUUUUCUCUCUGCCGCUGUACUUGCUUUAUUUUUACAUAGUCAAUAGGUUGCCAAAUAGGGAUGCGUCAGGAGGCCCCAUUUGUUCAUACCUCCAACUCGUUUUCCCCCUUUUUAGAAAAUUUUAAAAAGGGAAAUCGGGCCCAUCGCCCCCGUCGACAUGUGUACAGAUUGGAGAGAAGGAACCCCCGCUAGAGAUGCUACUGAUGCUAUCAAUGCUGGCGACGCUUCCCACUCUUCCAACGCGUCCGACGCUGCUUUGCCCGUUUAGCCACUUGAAGAGGACGCCCCGGCAGCAGCAGAUGAUGAUGAUGCAAUGUUAGUUUUCCCCUCCUCCCACCUCCCCCCGUGUGAACCGUACAUACAUGCGUAGCGGCAACGUAACGGGGGAGGGACGCCACGUGUGUGUAGCGCGUGAAAAGGAGGAGCACACACCCGUACGUCCAACAGAGACUUGAAUAAGCGGUGGAGCUGUGCCCAAGAAGCUCAGUUCCGUUCACCUGUAGAAACCAUCUGAACAUGUUUUCGUGUCAAAUUGAGGGAAGAACGUUUUGCAAAAUUUUAAGCCUGUUUUUUCAUGCCUUCUUUUUCUUGCCCCUCUGCUAUGGCUUCGCUGUGCCCUAUGGAGACCGCAGUCUAAUUCCCCGAGGCGGAUGGAAAAAGCGAAGCAGCCGAUGUGGCGUGAACAAUAUAAGGACAAGUAAAAUAAGCGAGAAAAAGGGGCAGAGACUUUACUCUAUAAAAAUAACCCACUUGACAGAAAAUAAAAUCCCAGAGGAGUACUUCAAGUACAACCUUCCUCCCGAGCCGAUGUAAGUGUCCACCCGGAUGAUACCCCUACAUCACCGUGCCUGAUAAUCUGUACACGAGGCAAACGAAGGAUGAGCAGCCCGAUGGAGAGAACCCCCCAAGUGGAGCAAACCAACUGGAGGGCGAAAAAUACCCCGACAAUGCAACAGAGGUGGGAAAAAUGUCCUCGGAGGAAUUCACCAAAUGGAAUGAAAAAAAAAUAAAAAAAAUGAAAGCGUUGCCUGAACCGACCAUUGAAGACUACAUUGAAGAUACCAAUUUUAGCAAGUACGUCCACCCUUGUUUGGUUAAAAAAGUUUCUGCAAAGGAUAGACAGAAGGUGCAUCACUCGCUGUUGUCCCUCAUCGACCCGAGGGUAGAAUUUGCCAUCGUGGAUUGCUUUGAUGAGAGGGACGAAGAGAAUGAUCUCACCGAAUAUGAUGCGACGUUCAGGGGAAUAGCUCCUUGGCCCUCCACGGAUGAACUGAGGAGGAAUGAAAAUGACUUUCAGUUUGAGAAAACGGACCUCGAGCUGGAGUACAACAUAACGUAUGACAAGGCGGGGUACCGGGCCUUCAGGGAGAAGCUCCUUUCGGAGGGGGAAGCGACCACCGCGGUGGAUGAAGCGACGACAGCGGUGGAUGAAGCGACGGCCGCGGCGAAAGAAGCGACGAACGGUGGAGACCCCCCUGGCGAUCAACCCACCGCGAAGGCCCCCCCCGCUGUAUCCGUCGAAGACAUCAGAAGGUUAUACUUCAAGAAGGAGAUCAAAACGCUGAGGGAGGCGAAGGAAGAAAUGGUCAAGUGGGCGGAACGGAAGACCUACUCGAGGAGCACAUGGACCUUGACGGAGGAGGAAGUGAAGUUGCUGCCUGAACGGUUCAGGCGACUGUACUGGGAAAAGAGACGGGAGAAGCUGGAGCAGCAUAGGGAGGCCAAGCGGAGGGAGGAGGCGCAGCGGAGGGGGGAGCUGCCGGACGAGUUCGCCUUGUGGGAUGAGAGGGGGCUCUCCAGCGUGGAGAAGUUGCGCGAGGAGGGGAGCGGAGAGACGAGCGGCGAGGAGAGCGGCGAGAUGAGCUGCGAGGUGAGCAAUCAAACGAACAGCCAAACGAAGUGCCAAACGAACUGCGAACCGAACAGCGAAACCAGCGCAGAACACCUACUGCAGAGUGUUAGACUGCUGGAGGAAAACGUGCUGUACACAAAGGCAAAGUCGCCGGUGGAAAAUAUGCUAUACGAGUGGGACGAUUCGCUGCGCUGCAGAUGGAGAAAGAGAGCGGAAGAAGUGAUGCGAGACGUCAUCAUGUAUGACUACCCAAUGAAAGAGGUGAGAAGGCCAUCCAAAUUGGACCUCUACGAUGUAACAUGGUAUGCCGGGAAGGUAGAAGUGUUUGUCACUGCAGAUGAAACGCAGGGGAAAAAUUACAAAAUAACUCUAUUUGACCUAAAACAGCUAGUGAAAAAAAUUGCCGAAAGGUUGAAGGAGCUGGAAAUCGACGAAGAAAUUAUAAUUUUGCCAUUUUUUGAGUUAGUCGUUUCGUCUUUGCCGAGUAAAAACAUCCUCGUGUGUAGGAGGGACUGGUGUAGUCAUGCUGGGAAAGAAGUCGCCGUUUUUUUUAAAGAAAGCAGGUUUCCUCCGUUGGAGGGUAUUCUUCUUGGAUCCCCUAGCGUCUUUCACUUAAUUAUAAACGUUAAUUAUGAGCGGAUUGAAAAUGUAGAUGUGCAUACCAUCGAUAAGGUCAUUCUGAAGGACAGCCAGGAUGAACUUCGGGGCCAUAUUGUGCUUAAGGCUGCGAUGGAGAACAAACUGGGGGGAGAAUCAGAGCCAGUUGAGGAGGCCCCCAUCAGGGGUGACUUACCUGCACCUGAAGGGGACCCCGAAAUGGUUGCACCUUUAGGCGGUGAUGAUGAGGAAGACGAAGGGGUCAUCACCAAAAGGACAGGCUUCGACGAACUGCACAAGUUGAAGGAGAUCGAGCGGGUGGGGGGUAGUCCGCUUCUCCCCAGCCAGCUGCGAAGCGGCGAGCAGGCCGAUCCGGUUGGGGGUAAACGCGGCGCGCGUACCGACCUCGACGGCGUCAGCCCGGUUAGCGGCAUUAACCGAUUGGGCGACGACGACGACGCAGAUAGGAUGAAGGAGCAGACCCUCGAGGAGGACGAAGAGGAGAGCGACGAGUAUGAAGAAGACGAGUCGUACGACGACGUCGCGGAUGGGGAGGACAUCUACGGGGGGGACGCCUACGGGGCAGACGAUGAUGGGGGUGGCUCCGACGAGGGGGACGUCUACGGGGGAGACGAUGAUGAUUACAUGCCAGAGGAGUGA